UUCGGCAACCGGGUAAUGACGUCAUCAUACGUCAUACCGGUGCGGUCUUUUCGACGUAGUCGGCUGUUUGCCAUGGCGAAGAAUGUAAAUAUUUUACAAAAAGUUUACCAACAUUUAUACGGUACAUUACUUGUAGAGACUCGGUUAUUAAGACCAAGAAGCUUAUCUGUUUGUCACAACCAAACAAGAGAUUAUAAACAUGUAGUAUCCAAUAGAAUUGUGUCACCUAUGCAAGGGUCGCAAAUGCUUUUACCUCAUCAUAUACCUCAACGCAAUUUCCUCACUGCUUUUAUUAAUAAAAGGAAAGAAUAUUCUGAAAGAAGAAUAUUAGGAUAUUCUAUGGAAGAGAUGUAUGAAGUAGUUGCAAAUGUUGAACAUUACAAAGAGUUUGUUCCUUGGUGCACCAAGUCGGACAUUGUUGGCCGCAAACCAGGACACAUGAAGGCGCAGUUAGAGAUUGGAUAUCCUCCUUUCUGUGAACGUUACAUGUCACUGGUUACAGUUACUAGACCACACCUAGUAAAGGCUGUGUGUACUGAUGGUAUGCUGUUUAACCAUCUGAUGACGUCGUGGCAAUUCGGCCCUGGCAUUAAGGGAAAGUCAGAUACAUGCACCCUAGAUUUUCAGGUUUCUUUUCAGUUUCGAUCAGCAUUACAUUCAAAUAUAUCCACGCUUUUUUUCGAUGAAGUUGUAAAGAAAAUGGUGAAAGCUUUUGAGAAGCGUGCUGAGAAACUGUUUGGUCCACAAGCAAUUAGUAAAUCUCAAAUUAUACAUAUACACAGUUCAUGACUGUAGCUUGAUAUUUUAGCAUAAAUAUUUAUAGAAUUAUGAAUAAUAUCUGAAAUACAUAUUGCAUUCAAUACAUGUGCAACACUAGGUAAAUAUUGUAUUAAAGAUUGGUAUGUAUAAUAUACAAUUGAUAGUAUUUUAUUUAAUAUUUAUCUAUAAUAUUAAAUUUAACACUAGACCAAAUAACCAUUGAUUAUGAGGUAUUUUAUGGAGUAGUUGAAGAAUGGAAAAUUUUAAGGAAAGUUUGUAUAAAUGUUUAUGGAAUUGGUGUACUAGUAUCUGAAGGAUGUAAUAGUAUCUGAAGAAAAUAGCCAGGUGAUUGAUUGUUUGAUGUACAGCACAUAGAAAACUGCAGUCAUAAAGUUUAAAAUUAUUAUUGUAAACAUUAUUAAGCGAGAAUUUUAAUUCCUUGUUUCGCGUACUUAUUUCAAGUACGUAAAUAUUAAAAUAAAAUUUUGUUUUCUUAUUUAGCAAAU